GGAUAGCUUUUUGAAUAGAAAAGUUGCGGCAUAACGCCAUCAAGCUUUCGAGGCUGAUCCCAAACAGCUUUCCGGCAGCAGCUUUUAAUGUCCCGCAAUGUGAAAGCCCCGGAAAUGAAAUCGUGUUGUUUGGGGUCUGCUCUCCGCCGCUGGCAUAACUGUGAUUGAGGGGGUGGCCGAUGGACGACGACGGACUACGGUAUAGGCGUAAAUUGUGAUAAUUGAUUUCAAUUUGUUCCAUGCCGGUUGAGUUUUGAGUGGAACGCCCGCCGUCAACGAUGUUUGAAUUGAAGCUGAAUCUUUGCGCAAGUCGCAUGGCCGCCGAUUCCACAACUCUGGAUGUAAUGGAUGGAGGAGAUGUGACCAAAACGAUGAUUUGCCGAGCCUGUCUGGUACUGCUUGGCCCCCAGGAUAUCUCUUACAACCUGGAGAGCGAAAAGGAUUUGGCUGGAAAGUAUUUUGGCUGUACUGGCGGUGAUCCAGGAAAGGUCUUUCGCCUGCAGGAUGAGGACUUACCACCCCAGUUGGUCCUGAAAAGCAUCUGCGAGUGCUGCUACCAAUUGGUGCAAAAGUUCCAUGACUUUCAACGCAUGUGCGAAGAGUCGUCACGCAAUUUUGAGAAGCUGCUGCUUGACAUCGACUUUGAAUGCAUCAAACAGCUGGAAGAUAACUUCAAUACACCUGUCUUGGAUACCCCCUCGGAAAGUAAUCAAACCACUAACGGGGAAGCCUCAAUAGAAGCACCCUGCAUCGAAUCAACGGGGGAGAUUGAGGAAGUGUACGUCAUUGAGGACGAGACGGCAAAACAGGAUCUUGGAAAGGAAAAGAUACCCACUUUAUCCAUUAGAAAGUUGUUAGGCCAAAGAAAGCGAAGAGGGGUGAGACAUACCCUCGAAUGCACCAUAUGCCAUCGUGGCUUCUACAAAUCGUCGCUGCUGGAGGCCCACAUGAAGCAGCAUGAGGGUUUAAGACCGUAUACCUGCGUCCAUUGUGCCAAGAGUUAUGCCAGAGCCAAUCUGCUAGACAAACACCUGCGGGAGAUGCAUUAUAAUACCUCGGCAAGGGUAAUCUAUCCCUGCCCAAAAUGCAAUAAAGUGUACACAGCGGACCGAAGUCUCAAAUAUCACUUAAAAAGGUCGCACGACCGGACUCCUAAACUAGAAUCCCCUGAUAGCCGGCACAUUUGUGAAGAGUGCGGAAAAUCCUUUGUGCGAAAGGCCCAUCUAACUCGCCACAAAAGAAUCCACAGCAAUCUAGAGGAUCGGAAAUACUCCUGCCAAUUAUGUGAUCAUAGGUUUUACACCAAGGAAAAUAUGAUAGAUCAUCUGCAACGUAAGCAUGGAAAUAGAAACCUCCUGAGAUGUAGGAAGUGCGGACGCACCUUUAAGAACAGUGUAACCCUUAACAGUCACCUGAAAAAACAUGACUUGAUCGACAAGAGCAAUAUUAUGUAGUUCAAUAAUUUGUUUUAUUUGUGGUUUCAAUAACAUCAAGCUAACUCAACUGUUACAAUGAUUCGAAUUACUUGGAAUUUGUUACACACCAGUAGUUGUGGGAGAAUACCGCAUAAAUGGAGAUACUAAGACGAAUGGUUGAAUCGAUGAGGCUGCCCUAAAAUUAGCUAACAUUCACAUAAUGGCCGGCGCAGC